GGGCGUGGUCAAAAAGAGCACGGGAUUGUGAGAGCUGGAGAAGAAGGAAGUGAUGGAGAGUGGGUCGCGGAGGACCUCUCUGGCCCCGCCCAUCCCGGCCCUUCCGGGAUCUCUGGGGGCGUGGAGGGUCUGGGAGGGGCGAGUGGAGGCGCGAAUCUAAACCUCGCAAGGUACGGUGCGGCUAACCCCGAGAGCUCCGCGAGGAGGCCAGCGGGAUCCAGGGAAUCGCCCACUGAUGGUUUUCACCCAGGCCUGAAACAGCCAGCACCAGAGAGCCACCUGAACAGAAGCGCCUGCCGAAGGAAUUUUCCAAGUGGCUCGAAAGCCGGGCUUUGCCGCUCCUGUGGUCAGCCCAGGAGGCCACCAGUGGGAUUUGAGGAUCGGCUCCACCUUGGACCAUGCAGGGCCAGAGGCUGCCCCUUCGUGUGGCCACCCUGCUGACGGGGCUGCUGGAAUGCCUCGGCUUUGCGGGCGUCCUCUUCGGCUGGGCAUCCCUGGUGUUUGUCUUCAAAACAGAACAUUACUUCGAGGAGCUGUGUGAACCGAGUGCCAGGCUGAUGGGCAAUGCCACGGGGCUGGAUGACUGCAAAGCCCAGGACGAGCGCUUCUCACUCAUCUUCACCCUGGCAUCCUUCAUGAACAACUUCAUGACGUUCCCCACUGGCUACAUCUUUGACCGUUUCAAGACCACCGUGGCCCGCCUCAUAGCCAUAUUUCUCUACACCAGCGCCACGCUUACCAUAGCCUUCACCUCUGCAGACUCAGCUGUGCUGCUCUUCCUGGCCAUGCCCAUGCUCACCGUGGGAGGAAUCCUGUUUCUGAUCACCAACCUGCAGAUCGGGAACCUAUUUGGCAAACACCGCUCAACCAUCAUCACCAUGUACAAUGGAGCAUUUGACUCUUCCUCGUCAGUCUUCCUUAUCAUUAAGCUCCUUUAUGAACAGGGCAUCAGUCUCAGGGCCUCCUUCAUCUUCAUCUCUGUCUGCAGUGCCUGGCAUGUUGGGCGUACUUUCCUUCUGAUGCCCCGGGGGCACAUCCCCUACCCGCUGCCCCCCAACUACAGCUACGGCCUGUGCUCUGGGGAUGGCCCCGGAGAGGAAGAGAAGAAAACGGUUGAGUCCCAAAAGCUGGAGCUUUCAGAGGAGUUCAUUUCACCAAAGAAAGAGAUCCCAAGAGCAGGGCAGCAGCAGGAACCCCGCUCUUUCCGGAGCUACGCUUUCUCUCGGCGCUUUGCCUGGCACCUGGUAUGGCUGUCUGUGAUACAGUUGUGGCACUACCUCUUCAUCGGAACCCUCAACUCUCUGCUGAGCAACUUGGCCAGUGGGGACAGGGUACUAGUCAGCACCUACACAAAUGCCUUUGCCAUCACUCAGUUCUUUGGAGUGCUGUGUGCCCCCUGGAAUGGCCUGCUCAUGGAUCGGCUUAAAUACAAGUACCAGGAGGAAGCAAGAAAGACAGGUUCCUCGGCCUCGGCGGCGGCCCUGUGCUCAACAGUGCCUUCGCUGGUCCUGACGUCUCUGCUGUGCCUGGGCUUCGCCCUCUGCGCCUCCAUCCCUGUCCUCCCCCUGCAGUACGCCACCUUCAUCCUGCAAGUGAUCAACCGCUCCUUCCUCUACGGGGGCAAUGCUGCCUUCCUCACCCUCGCGUUCCCUUCAGAGCACUUUGGGAAGCUUUUUGGGCUAGUGAUGGCCUUGUCGGCUGUUGUGUCUCUGCUCCAGUUCCCCAUCUUCACCCUCAUCAAAGGCCCCCUCCAGAAUGACCCGUUCUAUGUGAAUGUGAUGCUGGUGCUCGUCACUCUUCUGACGUUCGUCCACCCCUUCCUGGUGUACCGGGAGUGCUGGCAGAAAGAAAGCACCCCUGGGGUCGCCUAGUUCAGAAGCCCUCACUUUUCAGCCCUGAGGAUGUGUCAUCUUCCUUCACCUUUGAGCACCCCGUGUCCAGAAAGACUUUGCCCACCCAGGCUACUUGUAUAAAGUAGCCAUUAUUUUUUCUUAAAACGAAAAGACAUA